AUGGCCUCCGACGAGCUGUUUGACCUCUGCCAGUCAAUCUUCCACAACACCGAUCUCGACGAUGAGGAGCAGACCGAGCAGAUCGAGGAUCUGCUGCGCCAGAAAACAACCCUCGCAGGCCCGGCCUUGGAAAACGCGGUGCUGGAUAUCCUGUGGCGCCAGCGCAACCAGGCCCAGCCAGAUGCGUCACCUCCCAGUCGACACACCAUCAUCCGCCGCUCGUCGCCAGCGCCAUGGCAAGUCGCACGAUCAGCUACCCCAAUGUCAUCGCCCUCGAUGACCGGUACGAGCCCAGCGGGUCCUUCCGGCUUUCACCUUGCCCGCGUUGGUCUCUCACGAGGCCCUCGCUCGUCCACCGUUUCCCCUUUCACCUCUCCGCGCCCUUCGCCUCGACUGGCUUUCGCGCAGCCUAUCCCACACUCGCCCAGCUUGAACGCCUACGAGUUCUCGGAUCAGAGCCCCACGUCCGAGGCCUACGGCGACUUUGGAAGCGAAACCAACGUCGACUGGCUGGUCGCAGACGAUGCCACCAGUGUAACCUCCUCCAUCGGCGGACUGAGCGCCUCUGCUCCUGAAUUCAUACCCGAUAUGAGCCCCCACGAUAUUCUGCGCUCAGUGCUAGGAGAUAAGAAAACCAACGAAGAAAUUGAAACGGCUUUGGAAGCACAUAGUUACGACCUCGGCGCUACCAUUGCCGCGCUUUCACAGGAUUCGAAGCAGGAUAACCAAAAGUCGGACGGUCGCCGCAUUCUCAUCGGCAAAUCUAUGACAAUGGACCAGUCACGCCCGGUUACCCCGUCUGGCAAUUCUCCAGCCCCCCCGUGCAAGUACUGGCUAUCGACGGGAGCGUGUUUGAGGGCGGACUGUAGUUACAGUCACGAUCUGACUGGUCAUAUCUGCAAGUACUGGGUGAUGGGGAACUGUCUAGCUGGCGAUGGAUGCCCAUUUUCACAUGAUCCCACAAGUACGAUAGGCGGUUUAAACAUCACGGAUGGACCUAGUCAACCAGCCUCCAGUCCCCAAGCAUCCUUCCAGCUAGAAAACAGCCGCGACGCUUUUCCGGCUUUGCAGUCUUCCGCAGGCGGCGUAGAACAAUGGCCAUCUCCAUAUGCCAGAAAGCACCCAAACCACGUUCUAGUCACUGACCCUAAUGGCAGUUCCUCACCUUUGGCGGGAGGACGAAGGAACAACGGUAUGACUAUAAGCCGUCCUCACUCUCGUCCAACAAGCCGCCAUCAACAACGUGAUAUGAACCCGUCUCCACUAUCAGUCGAUGACCCGGAAGCUUUCCCAACACUCUCGGCCGUGUCUGCCAAAGCAUCGGGCAAGAAACACCAUGGAAAAAGAGGUGGCCAUAACAACAAUAACAAUAAUAAAGAUAUCGGACCAAGUUCGCUGGCUGAUGUAGUCCGAAUGUCUCCGCAAGGAGCAGUCAAGGCCAAAGGCGCAAAACCUGGGAAGGAAAGCGUGAAAGCACGAGAACUCAGCGCUGCAGCCAUGGCGAUUCCAGCGCCGAAGAAUAUCCCUUGGCUCGAGACUGGCGCCAGAGCCAACCAGCAAUACAUUAAAUACCGCACGGAUGCCAUACGCCAUGGCACCGUGCGUAAUAAAUUCUUACAAAGUGCUGCACAGGCGUGGAAUCGCAAUGACUCGAGAGCUGCCAAGGCCUUGUCGCUCCGGGGUCAAGCCGAAAACGAAGCUAUGCGGAAAUGUCAUAGGGAGGCGGCCCGGUAUCUUUAUGAUGAGCGUAAUCAGCACCUUACAACCAACGGGCUGGAUGAUGCCAGUGAGGAACUUUACGUCGAUCUCCACGGUCUUCACCCUGAAGAAGCCGUCGAUUACCUCGAAAAAAUACUGCUGAAACACGCCCAUGAAGAACGCACACUGUAUGCCAUCACCGGCACGGGGCACCACUCCAAGAACGGGAAAGACAAGGUCGGAAAGGCCGUCAAGGUGUGGCUUCAUGAAUGGAAGUACGUGUUUCGUGAAUUCAGCGUCCCCGGAGAACGCGGGGGAUACGUCGGCGGUGUACUUGGGAUCGAUCCAACGAGUUAUGACAAAUCCAUGACGAAUAAACAGAGUGCAACCGACAGCCAGACCGAGGGAAGCGAACGACAAACAGCCCCUACAACUGGAAAGAUUCAGCUAUUGAAACGUGAAGAUAUUGCUCCAAAGUGA